AUGUCAAUUCGCGAGCUGCUAUCUCUGAGCUUGCGCGCGCCGGAGCCUCAGCGUUUGGCCGCCGAAUUGGAGCUACAGCAGCUUCAAAAGGCACCUCUUACCGCCUCAUUUGUCGAUUCAAUGCUCAAUAUGUUUUUGGUGGUCCCUAAUGUCGAUCGAACGCCGCGCAAUCCAGUCGAGGUCGAUUCAGACGACUCGGACUUGCGUUUACUGGCUGUUCUAUGGCUCAAACACUACAUCAAACAGCAAUGGAGGGCUCACAAGAAGACAAAUAUGCUGAACGAUGCGGAACGCGAUCAUAUACGCGGCGUAUUGCUGUUUGCAGCGCUGCACGAGCCGCACCAGACAGUGGCGCUGCAUUUGUCAUUUAUCGUCGCCAUAAUUGCGCGCGCUGACUUUUCAAGUCAGUGGAGCUUUGAGGAACUUUUUUCAGUGAUGAUGCAGCCAUUAAGACGGCCACACGGAGCUGUAGACAUGGUCGCCGAGCGACGAAGCGUGGACGUGUGCUAUCGUGUAAUUAAGGAGCUGGCAGCGAGGCGUCUGAUGCAGCACCGCAAACAAUUUGCAAUGAUGAGCGUUGAGAUGCUACCUCUAUUGCUGCAGUACUGGACAGUAACAGCUACGCAACUGAACAAUUACCUUCAGACCGAGGAAGGAGCAAUAAGAGAGACGAUAGUAGAGAAGCUGGAAAAGCUGUGUGCAGUAACAGGUGCACAACAGUUGCAUGUACUAGUAAGAACCACCAAGCUAAUUUCAACGAUGUUGCUUCACGCAUUUAGAGACUUGUCGACAGUGCAGAAUGGAGAGCUCAUACGAUCAGCGUUGAUUGAGUUUUACAAACAAUUGGAAAGCAUAGUGAAGUUCCGACAUGCAUUUGAGGCUCAAAUUGAGAAGUUUAGUCGUAUCAAGCAUACAUCGAAGAUGGAAGAAGCGACACAAACACUUGACAAGUAUAUGCAUCAUAUUGCUGCUAUCGUCGUGGAGGUGCAGCACGCGUAUCCCGUAGAGUUUCGACAGUACUUAUCACCGUACCUCACAUUGUUCUGGAAUGUGUUAAAUGUAUUCUCCUCAACUUCCUUGACGGUCCUUGCGGCACCUAAGCGUCUACAGAUAGAUGCUCUCAACUUCUUUGCUAACGUACUGAGCUGUCGGCUGUACAAAAAUGAAAGUCUCAUGCGUUCUGAUGGGACGACGCGAAUUAUCGCGAAGGUUAUCACAGCAGCUGGAGAAGUCGCGUUAACGGACACCAUGGUGAUCGAAGCACAAACGUCAUUGCAGAACUUUUUCACGCAAACCGAAAAUCGCUUUAAAUCCAUGAUUAACCUAUUGAUUAUGCACUACAUGAUGCUGACUCCUGGAGAUCUAGAUAAGUGGCUGAGUGAACCAGAGACAUACUUUGCUCUCAUGGAAAGCUUAACAGCAAAAGAGUCAGUACGUUCCUGUGCUGAAAAUUUAUAUCUUACAGUGGUGCAAAAUUUUCCAGGCCAGACAAUCCCAGCAUUGACUCAAAUUGUCUCCAGUAUCGCGGCAUAUCUAAUAGAAUUGGGUCGUGGACAAAUAUCUACUGCUGGUGAUGAUGGACGAGUUCUUGAAAUAGAUGCAGUGCUCGUAGCUAUUGGUUUGGGUUGUUAUGAUCUCCACGAUUGCUUCGAAUUUGAGCCAUGGUUUCUUGCCAACCUGGUACCGAUUCUCAUUAACCAAGAUGCAGCGGUUGGCUCAUUUCGGGGACUUCCAAUUCUACGUUAUCGUAUUGUUUGGCUUGUUAGCUGCUAUCUUGCUCAGCUAUCAACUAGUGUAAGACCGCCACUAUACGAUGCGCUUUUAAAUUUGCCAGUAUUUCAGCAAACGGACACCGGUGUUGCGCUCAGUUUGCGCAUUAUACAGACAUUAGAGUCUAUGGUGAGUGACUGGGGAUUUGAAUACGAUCCGUUUGCUCAAUUUCUGCCGCGAUCACUUGAGUAUUUGUUCGCCACUUUCCCCCAAGCAGUGGAAUUGGAGAGCCAGAUGAAAAUAUUUGAUUGUCUCGAAGCGAUUAUUCAAGCUUGUGGUGCCCAUAUUCUUAAGUUUUCCCAAAAAGUUAUAGGACCGCUUCCCACGAUUUGGGCAAGCGAAAGUGAUGCGAGCAAUUUGGUUCGAAGCAAAAUUCUCCGGCUGAUGACCAAACUUGUGUCCUGUCUCAAGGGAUUACAUUAUGAUGUAUCGCUUGAAGCUGGCGACACGGACGCAUUGCUAGCUAUGAGCACACAGUUGAUUCAUUUUUCAACUGAUGUUUCAAACCCGGACCACGUUUGUUUAGUAGAAAGUGGGUUGGAACUUUGGAAUGAGACGGUUGACGCGUCCACAGUGUACACCAAAGAGUUUCACGUUCUCUUCAGCCAGACAAUGUAUUUAAUGGAUCGUGACUAUGAGCAUGUCGUGCUUUUACUUAGACUAUUGAAGAAUUACGUACGACUAGGAAAAAUUCAGUUCUGGCAUGACCACCAGACAAUCGUGUGUAAGCUUUUGCUGGGUGUAAUUGGCAACGUAAAGGCUGAAGCCUCAUUGCAAAUUGCUCAAGUCGCAGAAGAUAUUGUUGCGACAAUCUCCAUUGAUCAGUUGUCUUCAAUUGUACCUGUGGUGAAAUCUAUGGUGAGAUCGUGCAUCCAGUCUCAGCAUGUCAAAGCCAACCACGAGCCGGAAUCUGUACUAGCUGCUUAUUUGAGUGUCCUAGCUCGGCUGAUGGUCACAAGCAUUGAUUUCACGCUGAAUGUUGUGCUGAUGAACGACCACAUAGUGCUAGCAGUACUUGUGAAUGUAAUGCUAAGGCUAUUUUACACUGUUGGUGAAUCCCAGCUGACACUGUUACGUCGAAAGUUGUGGGCGGCAGCACUGUGCUUAAUAUCGAUGAUGGCUGAGCAACAAAUGUUAGAAAAGAUUGGCCAGGUACUAGAGAUCUGUGCUGAAGUUAUUAAUGACGAGCCAGAGGAGAGGGCAGAACAAGAGGCGGUCGUCGAUAGCAGCGAAAAAAUCGAUCAGUCUGAAGUCUUUGGUGUUGAGCAAGCUGGAUUUACAAACCACCAACAAAACUUAAGUGAACAAGAUGCUAGUGUAUUAGCACUAGAUUUGAGAUCUUUCGUUUGCGAGCGAAUGAACAUCCUUGCAUCAAAGCUGGGUCGCUCAGCUUUUGAUCAAAUUUUAGAAACAGUGGAUAUAUCUGUGCUGCGCAAAUUUCAAGCGUAA